UCAAAAAUUACUUAUAUCAUUAAAAGAUUUCUCCAAAUGACAAAGCUAACUUCGAAGAUUAGAUGACUCAUACACCUUCUAAGAUCUAAUCUUUGAGGUUAUUUUUGUUGUGCAAAGUAAUUUUUUGAUGAUAUCAGCAAUUUCGGACGAAAAUUCAUGAAAAUGAUUUUUUGCAAACAAUUUGAAACCUCAUGAGGUACUAGUGUAAUAUCUGAAAUCUUAGGGCUUUUGUGAAAACCUGAAAAAAUCUUAGUGGGUGUCGUGUGUUUGUUCCUCCCUGUUUUUGGGGUCGUUUUUUUACCUUACCUGAGCUCAAGGUAGUUUGUGGCUUGUUUCUACUAUUAGUUUGGUAGGGCUUGUGUAGCUUGUUUCAACUAUUGUGAUUGAUGGAAUAUAUAUGUGCGGAAUGGAUUUGAGUUUUGAUGCAAGAAGUGCUUUAUAAUCAGUUUGUGCUCAAUCAAAGAGAAUCCGAAACUGCUUUGUAUUUGUUUUCUGAUCUGUGUGGUAAUGUUGGUUGAGUUUGAAUUCAUGCUGCAUAUAGCCUUUGUGCAAUUUAAUGUAAAUAUGGCUGAUAUUGUUGUACUAAGAGGCCUUUAGGACUGUUUUCUAUUGAGUCUGUUCUAAGUGCCUAAGUGGUUUGAGACUUGAGGGCUUUGUUUCAUUUGAGUCACAGAUCAAACUUUUGCAGCUAGCAGUGACUUGAAUAGAAAAAAAAAGACAAAGCUAAGUUUUUGUUUUUUGUUUUGAACAAGUGGUAAAGAGAGAGCUUGUGAGCGUUAGAGAAUCAUUGUUCCUGAAUUUCACAAGAAUCAGACAAGGUUACAAUCAUCCUCAUCAUUUAAGUUUCCAAGAAAAUUCAAUGGAAACUGGAGAAAAAAAAAAAACAAACAAACAUUUCCCCCUAACAUGAAAAAAGAAGGCCGAUAUGGUCUGGGUGGCUAUGUGAUCACAUUUGCGAACAUGUCUGUCUUCGAUAAGCCAGAAAGUACAAGUCGCAGAAGAAUUGAACAUAAGCUCAACUUUAUAAACUUCAUUUGGUAACAACUAUAUUAUAAAUUAGAGUAUAAUGAAGGGACAAUGAUAAUAAUUUAUGUAGUUUUUCCAUAGUGUCGUUUCUAUUAAAAUUUUGAAGUCAAAAGCUGUAAGGUUGAAUUUUGGUCUAAUAUGGGUGAAAAGAUUUGGUUCAAAAGCUGUAUUUAUUAUAGGAAAAGUUCGUUUGUAUUAAUUUUUUGGGGGGGUUUUACAGUUUUACUCCACUGGAAAUUGCCUGUAUCCUUGGAAAAAUAUAAUUUCCUUUCUGGUGCUGGAGUGUGUACAAGUACAAAAGCAAAAAGAAAAUCCUUGGUGCCCAAGCAAGCCCUGCAUAAGAAAUAAAAAGUAAAAAAACAAGGGUAGGAAUAGGAAAGGAAACUGAAAAAGAAAAUUCUUGGUGCCAAAGCAAGCCAUUCAUCUUCUCCUCCGUAGUUUUUUUUUUUUUUUUUUUUUUUGGGGUCGAGUUUCUCCUCCAUAGUUUAGAGAAACAGAAACAAAAACAAAACUAAAAUCCAGGGUAGAGAAGAGUGUAGAGAUGAAUAUAGCAACGCUGCUGCAAGUGGGUUUGCCUUCCACUAGGGUAAUGGCUCCUCCUGCUACUCUUACAAAUCCAACUUCAACACCUCCUGCUUUCCGUCCUCCUCUGCUGCUCACAAGAAGAAGAUCAAUGGCCAUGGCCAUUGCCUUUGCCAAGCCCGAUAAAAUCAAUGGCUUCACUUCCUACAGUGAUCCCUGCCUUGAUCUGUUUUUCAACGUGAAAAACCCACAAAAAGAAGAAGUAGAAGAAGACGACGACGAGCAGAAGCAGGCCUCCCUAGAUUCACAUUAUUCCCUCCAUCUUCUGCCGCAACUGCUGGAGGUAGCCUGGUCCCACGAUCCCCUAACCACCCUCAAGCUCAUCUUCAACCUCAACCCUUGUGGCUUUCGUACGGGAAAAUGCUACACCGACGCCUUCUACACGGCGGCGUUUUGGCUCCACAAGAACCACACCAAGACGCUAGUUUGCAACAUCGAUUCCUUUUCCCCUCCGUUAGGGAAUCUUUGGGAACUUAUUGAUAUUCGCUACCGCCUUCUCGGAGAACAGGGCGGCUCCACAGUGACCCGGACUAUAAGCUGUUACACGACGCGGUUAUGGAUCUCUUCCUGAAGCGCUUGGAGUAUGAUGUUGACAAAAUAAUGCAGCAUAAGCUGCAACUUAAGCCAUCCAAUUACUUAACGGACGAGGAGGAUGAGUUCAAGGAAGACGAAGACGAUGACGAUAGUACUUUUGAUCCUCAUCGUUUCGUUACUGAGGCUGCAGCUUGUUUGGUUACCAAACACCCCACGGCCUCUCAUGCCCCCCGCUCCAUUCUGCUGUGUGAAAGCAUUGCGAAGAGGCUUUUCACACCCAAAUCAGAUCAAUUGUAUGAACUGGAAGAGUGGGAGAAGUUUAGGAAAUUGGUUUUGGCGCCCUUGCGCAAUUAUUGGUAUCGUCAAGGAAUGUUUGACCAUCGCUGGAGCUGGGUGUUUGCGAAGCAGAAGUUGUGGCAUCUUCAAACCGCAGUUAACAGUGACAGGCAGAGGAGCUAUGAGGUUGAGAAGUAUUUGGAGGAGGUGAAAGUAGCAGCAGCAAGAGGAGGAGGCGGCAUUGGCAUAAUAAAGCCGGAUGCUUUGGUUCUAGGGGAGAUCAUAAAAUAUGUAUGCUAUGCGGAUUUCAGGGAAGUGGUUGAGCUUCAGUGGAAGGCAAUGGUGGAGGACAUAAAACAGCAGAAAAAGCAGGGUUUGGGGAACUUUAAAAGCUGCUUGGCAGUGUGUUGUCUCACCGAUAUCCUGGGCAAUGGCAGAGCAUGGGCUAUGAGUUUGGGACUUGUGGUGUCUGAACUGAGUGAAGAGCCGGUAUGGAAAGGAAAGGUGAUCACUUUCGGUGAUUCCUAAUAUGAGCUGCUGCUGCAUUCGAUACAAGGCGAUGAUCUCAAAUCCAAGGCCAAGUUUAUGAUGAGGACAAACAAAGAUUUCAGCAUAGCUAAUCUUCCAGAGUUCUGGAAGUGGCUGUGAAUGAGAACUUAAAGCCAGAGCAGAUGGUCAAGAAGGUGUUUGUGUUCACCGAAUUUUCAUGCCGUGGUAUCGACUGGAAGCCUAGUUAUGAGGCAGUACGGAGUAAGUUUAAGGAGCAAGGCUAUGGGGAUGAGGCGAUCCCAAAAGUUUUGAUUUUGGGUCUUUUUGACUUGAACAUGCCUAGUAUAGUAGAACCUCAUCCAGGGCUGAAGAUUUUGAGUGGCUACUCAGACAAUUUGGGCAAGGUAUUCUUGGACAAUGGUGGAGAAAUUGGCCCGCACCAACUCAUGGAAGCAGCCAUUGCUGACAAAGAGUAUCAAGCUCUCUCUGUGGUCAACUGAAUUUUAGUGAGAUCAAGAUCAAUCAAUUAGAUAUUUUGAGAUGCUCAAGGCCUCAUAAUUUCAUAAGAACUGAAGUUUAGCAUAGCAUUGCUUUAAGUUUAGGUUCUCUACCCAAGUUGUGAUAGUGUAGGUAAUGUUUAACUUUCCUUUUCCUUUGCACCCUUUGAGUUCCAGACAAAGGUAAAAGUAAAUUCAGGACAAGUUUUCACCUAUAUGGCUGAGAGUGUGUGUGUGUGUGUGUGUGUGUGUGUGUGUGUGUGUGUGUGUGUGUGUGAAUUGCAUAAAUUUACAUUACAUGCAGACAUAAUGAGUAUGAAGGCAACAAAUCUCAAGGCACAUAGGUGGGCGCCAACACUUAAAGCAUAUGCAAGCAAAAAGCUUGUUCCCUUUUACACGUCUUUUUCCUUCUGCAGAAUAGAUAAUAUAGGUAGCUUGGUAGAUUUUGUACUUUUUCAACUUAGACUCGAUUUCCCUUGCUAUAAAGCAGAGUAUAAACGACACACAACAACCAUGUGGGAUAUGAAAUGGAAAGCUUUGUUUAUAUGUCGUGCAAGUUCCUGAUUCUGAUGUCGAAAAUUAUCCACACCCAAAUCGCAAUUUCCGGAUUCAUAAAAGAGACAAGGAGCCAAUGAUGUUUUUGUAUUGUUGGUUCCAUAAAAGACUGAGAAACAAAAAUCUUUUGUGAUUUUUGUGAAAUCUGAAAAUAUACUAGCUAGUGAAAUUCACCAUUAUACUUGGGGGAGGAUAAAUCCAAAAUGCCAAGGAACAAAGCUAUAGGAUAAUUCCAACGGGUUGGCUUAUGCAUAGGCAUAGGUGAGAGAGCUAUGUGCCAAAUUGAAGUUUUUGGACCAAUUGCUUCCCAUAUUAUUCCUAGUUAAAAAUUUGAAGUAGAUAGGUAUGAGUGAUUUCAAGUCAUGGAUGAUAAGAUUGGGAACAUCUUUUGCCAUACCUGAAAUGAUUACUGUUUUCAGGGAACACUCAAGUGC